GCGGACCCAGAUAAAAUAUACUAUAUAAAAAAUAAGUGUUUGUUCACAUUUUGUUUUAAAAUAUUGGCUAUUGAGUACAAAAGGCCAAAUUUACAUGAGAUGGGCGCCAAACAAAGACAUUGCUCUGCAACCAAGAACUGCAAAGAUGACGAUAAGAAUUACACGAAAAAAAUUCUCGAUUGUCUGAAAGAAUUUAAACCAAGCCGGUUGAUCUCAUUUGAUAAGUUUGUACAACUGAUGUAUCAGCCUACGGAUGCUGCAAGUAUUGGUGUUUGCAGAAUGCUUUUCGGAUUUUCCAUGUUGUUGGAUAUACCAGAUGAAAGAGGAGGUGCCAAUCUGGACGUACGUUGGGGAAAUCCGCGAGAGUGCAAGUUUCCUCUAUUUGCUUGGAUAAAGCCGUUAAGUUUGCAAUAUAUGGGCCUUUUAUAUGCGCUCAUGUAUUUAGGCGCCUUUGGAAUAAUGAUUGGUUGGCGAAUGCGCUUAAGCUGUUCUUUGUUUGCUGUGCCGUACUGGUAUAUAUUUCUAUUAGACAAAAGCGUAUGGAAUAACCAUAGCUAUUUAUAUGGGCUAAUUGUAUUGUUAUACUUCGGAACCAGUUCUACAAAUUAUUGUUCUGUUCGAUCAAGAAAGCACAAAGAGCAAACUGUUCCAUAUUGGAACUAUUUUAUAUUGAAGUAUCAGUUCAUCAUAUUGUAUUUUGUCGCGGGUCUAAAAAAACUCAGUGCCGAAUGGCUUUCUGGACACGCUAUGACCCACCUGACCAGACACUGGGUCUUCAUACCAUUCACAACAUUCAUUUCAACCGAGAUGGCAGAUCUUCUGAUUGUGCAUUGGUUUGGUUGUUUUUUUGAUUUGACUGUGGCAUUUCUAUUACUGAUUGAAAGUACUCGACCUCUUGCUAUGCUUUUCGCCAUAGCUUUCCAUCUUAUGAAUUCAAGGCUAUUUAGUAUUGGAAUGUUUCCUUGGGUAUGUUUGGCAGAACUUCCUUUAUUUUGUAGACCUGAUUGGCCAAGAAAAGUUUCAAGUUUUUUGAAGUUUGAAAAAUAUACCAAACCUGGCGUGGAUGUGAAAGAGUCUAAAGUGGAUGGUCGUAAAGAUUUACAUGAUUUUGUUGAAAUAAAAAAGCCACUAGAAUGGAAACAGCGAUUUGUUUGUAUUUUGCUUCUAAGUCAUUGCGGUAUCCAAGCAUUUUUGCCAUACUCUCACUUUAUAACUAAGGGAUAUAAUAAUUGGACCGAUGGAUUAUAUGGUUAUUCUUGGGACAUGAUGGUGCAUGCAUGGGACACUGUUUUGGUAUCUAUACGGGUUCAUGACAAUCAAUCAAAUUUAUCACACUAUUUGGACCCAUCCGCUUGGACAGCCAAUGAUCGGUGGUCAAAACAUGGAGACAUGUCACAUCAAUAUGCUAAAUGCUUAAAAACAAAUUUACUUAUGGAUUACAAUAUAAAUAUGAACAAGUCGCGAGGACCUAUUUCAAUAUCAAAUGAUAUGAGUAUUUACAUAGAUGUUUGGUGUUCACUGAAUGGUAGAUUUCAACAACGUAUGUUUGACCCCCGAAUUGAUCUUUUGAAGGUCGAUUGGUCACCUUUUCAAGAAGUUUCUUGGCUUCUACCCCUUCUCAGACAGUUUACAGAUUAUAGAUCAAAAAUGGCCGAAAUUCAGAAAGAAGUAUACAGUUGGAGCAAUUUUACAGAAGUAUUAUUUGUAGCAGAUUUUCCCGGGCUGUUUUUAGAAAACUACAUUUCAGAAGACUUGGAAAAUGUAACAUUGACUGUAUUACAUGGGCAAAUUAAAUAUGAAGAUGAAAACGAAAGAUUUUCUAAACAGUUGAACACCAACCAGCAUUUACAAAUAAUUCAUGAGGGAUUCCAUAAAGUUUUUACUAUCGGGAACAUUCCGGCAUGUUACAUGUAUACAUAUAUUAAUAAAACACGUACUGUUCAUGAUUUACGGGAUGACUUAGUUGAUCUUGAGCGUCCAAAAUUAGAUAUUGUGAAAGAAUUUGGGCACAGACUACGAAAUGCCUUUAAAUUUUAUGAACACAUCUCAUAUAAGAAAGCAAAUAUAACUUUCAUUUUUGAUAACCAUAAUAUUCCUAAUAUCAGAAUUGUUCAUUUGACAUUGCACGGAAUCUGA